AUGGAUGGCAAGCUCAUCGGUGCCAAUUUAACAGCAAUCUGGAAACUUCACGAUAGCAAGGUUGUAAAUCAUAAGGGAAAUGAACAAAACAUCAUUCAUCCUGACAAAUUGGCUUUGGAAUUGACAAGUAAGACAAAGAGCGGUGGUGUGAAAUCAAGUGCUUGCUCAAAGAUCAAAAACUUGGAAGAAAUCCCCACGGGCAAAGCGCAUAGGCACCAGUGGAAUAUAAAUGUGAAGAUAGACUUAUCUGGGAUUGUCAAGGACUCUGCAGUGUUUGGUCAAGUCCACUUGCAAGGGCUCCUUGAAGGCGGGGAAAUCAAGCCCACAAACCCUAUCAAAACUGGAAGCUUCCUGAUUGUUAUCAAGAAUCACGUUAAUCAAUUAAGCAAGAAUAUUGCACUUUGUUUUCCAGGUGAUGAGAAAUUUGACUUGCCAACAAAGGUGGUACACUUUUUUUGA